GGAUACUUCUAUAUACGGUGGCUAAGUGUCAUCGCACCAACUUUUCCAUCUCCUGUGGAAGCUACAGCUCCAAGGUGUUGGCGGUGCGGUUCUUUCUCUCCGUUCAUCACCCUCUUCCAACUUCAUUCUCUCAUGAACAAUUGUAGGAAGACAGAAGUUACAGCUGCCAAGAUGGGUGUCACGUGGGCCAACUAAACCAGCAAAAUACCCUUUAGAAAAAGUUUCUUCAUCUCUAAUAUUCAUCUUCGUAAUCGGUGAAUGGGCGAUUCAAUCGAAUCGUGCGAUUCACCUGCAAACCGAUUCAAACACACACGAUUUGUAUCGUUUGACAUCGAUCCCGAUACGAAUCGUUAGGACGAUUCAGUCGUGAAUCGUCCGUUUUUAAUAAUAUUCUUGACAUUAAGAUAUUUUUUUAACUGGUUUUCAGAGAGCACUCCGGAAAAUUCUGUUGGCUAAGAAGCUAUAACGUGCAGCAUGGAGACUACGCAAAAGAACUGUCCUUCUAAAAUUGUCAAGUUGGGCAACGCAUUAAAAUUGGCUGAGAAAUGGGUUAAUAACAUGUCUAAAGCAGCAGAGGACGAACUGACUGAAGUAGAGGGUCGACCUUCAAGGCUUGGACUUGGUGCUAAAGUUGCUCGCCAUUCCCAAAUUGGACCUUUACAUAAUUCCCUUGAAAAAAAACUAUAUGCCAAGUUGAGUGCUAGAAGUAAAAAUGCUGAGAAAUCUUCCCUGGGCACUAGAGAUGGAGGUGAUGACGAUGAUGAUGAAGAUGAAGAAGAUUUGGAUAGCAGAACCAGUUUAUUUCACAAAAAAAGAACAGCAAAUCCGGUUACACCGAUUGUACGAGGAAAGAAAAGGAAGAAGAAAUGAUUUUGUCGAAAUCCUUUAGUACCUAACUAUGUUUGGAGAAGAAACUUCAAAUGUUAAUUUAGUGUGGUAAUAUUAAUGAGAAACAACCACCUUUUCUAUAUAUGUAAUUCAGUGUUAUGCUUCA